AUGGCGCCUUCAAUCAGCGACAUGCCCAUCGCCAGCCCUCAUGUCUCGGGCCUUUCUAACUGCAAGAUUGGAAUCAAUGGAUUCGGACGUAUAGGACGCAAUGUCCUCCGUGCUGCCCUAGUCCGCUCAGAUAUCCAGAUCACAGCCAUCAAUCACACAUGUUUGACCGUUGAAGACCUCAUUUACCUGAUCCGUUACGACUCCUCCAUGGGCAAUCUCGACGAACGAACCAACAUUCAAAUCAUAUCCGACAAUCUCAUCACGAUCGACGGGAAACAGAUUGCACUCACCUCAGAGCGAGACCUCAAAAAGCUCAACUGGGCUGCUUUGGGCGUCGACUAUGUGCUCGAAUGCACCGGCAAAUUUACAAAACGUGACCUCGCGAUGGAUCAUAUCACAUCCGGUGGCGCGAAGCGAGUGCUCAUCUCUGCGCCGAGCUCAGACUCGCCGACCUUUGUGUACGGCGUGAACACGGAUGCGUACACGUCGGAUGAAGAGUAUCGUGUUGUGUCCAAUGCGAGCUGUACGACGAAUUGUGUCACUCCUGUCUUGAAGGUGCUGCACGAGACCUUUGGUAUCACACAGGGCUUUCUCACUACCAUCCACGCCGCCACUCGAUCUCAACAGGUGCUGGAUGGAUAUAGCAAGAAGAAUCGUCGUUUGGGACGCGGUGUCUUCAACAACAUUAUUCCUACUACCACAGGCGCAGCCAAAGCGGUUGCGGCUGUCCUACCCGAAUUGAAAGGCAAAGUGACAGGUGUAUCCAUUCGCGUUCCAACGCCCAACGUCUCCAUGAUCGACCUGACCAUCAGCACGGAAAAGGCCACUUCUCUCAAUGAAAUCCUCUCUGCUUUCCGGCUUGCUGCCAAAUCCGAUAUGGCCGGUGUCUUGCAAGUCACGGACGAAGAACUUGUCAGUAAUGAUUACAACGGCAGUCCAUACAGCGCGAUCAUUGACGCUCCCGCGUGCACCGAACUAAACCCCCAGUUCUUCAAAAUAAUGGCAUGGUAUGACAAUGAAUGGGGCUACUCGAAUCGCCUUCUGGAUUUGACCACCCUUGUGCAUGCCAAAGAGAGUGCGUAA